AUGGCCGCCAUACAGCAACUACGAAUGGCCUCGGCCAUUUCUGCCCUCUUUCCGCGCAUAUUCUCGACGACGUUCACCAAUUCCUUCAGAUCGACCGUCUUGUACACGCACCAGGCCCAAGAGAGCCGAUUCCCAUCUAUACCAUCACUAUCCAUUGCGAUACCCGCUGCCAUCUCGAGCAUCCCUUCCUUGCUAGGAGAUAUAUGGGACGGAAUACUUAGAGCGGUACCUAAGAAGAAGACGUCACACAUGAAGAAGAGACACAGACAGAUGGCAGGCAAGGCCCUGCAGGACGUGACGAAUCUGAACAAGUGCCCGGCGUGCGGAAAGACCAAGAAGAUGCAUACGCUAUGUCCCACCUGCAUGGGUCAAAUAUCAGGAAUGCUCGAUCGAGACUUCAAGGCCCACAUAACCGACAUCUUCUCCCUGGCCGCGACGCCCACGGCCCUCCUCUCGGCCAGCGGCUCCUCGACGCUGCACAUCCACGCGACAGCCCAGCCCAGCAUCCCGCUCGCGCAGUCCAUAAGCGGCGCGCACAAGCUGGGCUGCCACCACAUCGCCGCCUCCAACGACGGCAAGGUCGCCGCGUCGGCGGGCUUCGCCGGCGACGUCAAGAUCUGGAAGGUUGCCGACUCGGGCACGGGCGACUGGGAGCCGUUUGGCGAGCUCGAUCCCUCCGGCAGGAACAACAACGGCGGCGCGGUCAAUGGCAGUGGUAAUGGCAAUAGCAACAACAGCAAGGGCGCGGGCGAGGUUUGGGCUGUUGCGCUGAGCGAGGAUGGCCAGUACCUGGCUGCUACGACGUACGAUGGCCGCAUCAAUGUGUGGGACCUGCUCGGGGACCGCAGCACGAGAUUACGCGAGUACGAGACCGGCAGCGCGGGCGCGGGUAGCUUUGGACUGUGCGUGGAUCUGAGCCGUGAUGGCAAGUUCACGGCGAGUGGGCACCAGAGCGGCGCGGUGUACGUCUUUAAUAACGACACUGGGCGCUUACAGUACUCGUUACCUGGACUCGUCAAACCCGUCCGCGCCGUCGCCUUCUCGCCAGCCGGCACGCGUCUAGCCGCAGCGGGCGACUCGGGCGUCAUCGCCAUCUACGACACCAAGCACGGCGAGCACGUGAGCAACCUAACGGGCCACGCGGCGUGGAUCACGUCGAUCGAUUGGAGCGACACGGGCGAGUACCUGCUCAGCGGCGCCUUCGACGGCAAGGUCAAGGUGUGGUCCAUCGACCAGUCCGCCUGCGUCGCCACCCACAGCGAGACCGACAAGGCACUGUGGGCCGUCAAGUGGCUGCCCAAGACGGCGCGCAACGAGAUGUUCGUCACGGCCGGCGCGAAUCGGAGUCUUACCUUCUACCGCGAGGCUACGGGUGCGUAG